AUGUCAAUCCGGAUAAGGAAGGCGUACGCCGGCAUGGAAACGACGGUGAUACGCAUUUCAACAAUUGCAGCGAACAAGCUGUUGGAGAAGGGCAUGGUCAAGCGUUACUUCCACCAGCCACAGCCACAGCCACAGCCACAACCACAGCCACAACCACAGACACAGACACAGCCACAGCCACAGCCACAGCCACAGCCACAGCCACAGCCACAGCCACAGCCACAGCCACAGCCACAGCCACAGCCACAGCCACAGCCACAGCCACAGCCACAGCCACAGCCACAGCCACAGCCACAGCCACAGCCACAGCCACAGCCACAGCCACAGCCACAGCCACAGCCACAGCCACAGCCACAGCCACAGCCACAGCCACAGCCACAGCCACAGCCACAGCCACAGCCACAGCCACAGCCACAGCCACAGCCACAGCCACAGCCACAGCCACAGCCACAGCCACAGCCACAGCCACAGCCACAGCCACAGCCACAGCCACAGCCACAGCCACAGCCACAGCCACAGCCACAGCCACAGCCACAGCCACAGCCACAGCCACAGCCACAGCCACAGCCACAGCCACAGCCACAGCCACAGCCACAGCCACAGCCACAGCCACAGCCACAGCCACAGCCACAGCCACAGCCACAGCCACAGCCACAGCCACAGCCACAGCCACAGCCACAGCCACAGCCACAGCCACAGCCACAGCCACAGCCACAGCCACAGCCAGAGUCGGGAUAUUUAUAG